CAGCACUUCUACGUCAACAGUUACAUGAACUUUUUCUCUUCUCCAUUCAUACACAGCCCUCUAUUCUACUCCAUCUGCUCAUUUUUUCCCCAAACAUGGCCUCCUCGUUUGUAAUGGCGUCCACUCUAGCCAACCGCCUAGUCGACGGCGACAGGGGGUAUAUUCGCGUCAAGCGCUGGCUGUCCAAGAUCGCGCAUUCCGAAAAGCCCACCACACAGCCCGACGACUACGAGCCAUCCAUCUCCGACGACACCACGCUCUACACCGGGCGUCCACGCACCCUGUCCAACGCCUCCGAGGACUCUGCCACCAACCUCGCUCUGCUGCAGUACCAGAUGCAGCAGCCGCCACUGAUCAACUCGGCGCAGGUCGAUGUGGCCAUUGCGCUGGCGGUGCGCGCCCGGCAGGAGGACCGCGCAGGCAAUACACAUGCGGCCUCUGACCUAUUCGUUGCUGCGCUUGAGCGCAUGGCUUUGGCACUGCAGGACAUUGGCCGCAUUGAGAACGUGAAUACACGUGAAAGGCUGACAACGCUGAAAUUGCUGCUCGAGUCGAGCUGCCAUCUGGAUCCAUCGCAUAACCCGCAGUUUGCCAAGCUUUUAGCCAGCGAGCCCACAGUAGUUGAGCAGCGCACUGAUAAUGCAGCGCAGGCCCAACUGCAGGCAAGCGACUCUGCUCUGUCGGACAGCUUGAAAGCCUCGCUGGCAUCUACUCUGGCUACUGCCAUGAGUCUAUUCAACCAGGCGAUGGUUAUGUGGCUCGUGUUCCUGGGCAACGUGUUUGUAUGGGCUGCCGUGCAGUUCAAGAACUCGCAGCUCCCCGAGAUGCUGGGCCACCUGAUCUUGCAGCUCGCCGCAUGGGCGUACGGACUCGGGGUACAGCUCAAAGUCCACGAGCAUGUGGUGGCUGCAGGACAGCAUGUGCUUGCAUGGGCUGUGCAGCUGGACAAAAAGACGCAUUUCUCGGGACGCCUGUGGUUGGCUGCUGCAUCGAUGCUGAGCGCCCUGGCGAGAGUUGUCGAAGAGUCAAGCACAAAGGCCAAGGCUGAGUAGCGUCUGGCAUUGUGGCCUUUACAUAUAGCAUAAACCCUCUAUAAUACACACAUCACA